AUGAAACAGAAACUAAGUGACUUUCUAUUUGUGCAGAUCCUUCCAGCUAAAACUGUAUACCUGCUGAUGAAGAAGGACUACCGAAUCUCCAGGAACAUCCGAGCAUCAUGGUUUCUUGAGCAUUUGAACAGUGUUAUGGAGUUCAACCCUGUACAGUGCAUUAAUGAUACAGAUGAAGAACUCAAGCUUGUGUCUGUGGUACCAGCCACAAAUGAGGAGACAGGUGAUGAUCAACUUCCUUUGGUGCAGCCAGGAAUGCCUUUCAUGUUUCAACUUCUUCCAUCAACAGUGGUCACUUUCCUAGCCAAGCGCUACAGACUUGUAUUUGUCCUUGAUCUCAGCCCCUCAGCAGCAUCUGUAGAUCUGAAGACUGGAGAAGUGCUGUUGGACAAAAUCAGUCACAACCUCAGAUGUAGCAUUACUGGACUUGUAAAGCCAUUUAUGCUUCCUGGCACCAAGAUGAAGUUUGUACCUGAACUUUAUGUCACAGUUAUAGCCUACACACCUGUUCUAGCUUGUACGGCCAACCAGGUUCUUGCCCAGGGAAUGAAAGUAACAGAAGAUAAUGCAGAGAGCUUCCUUAGUUUAGUGCUGGAUAGACUUGAUAACUUUGAGCAAAGUUUGGCCUCAGGAUUUAACAAACUGAACAACAACCUAACUAUGGACGAGGACUUAGCUGAGAGUAUUGGUUAUGAAGAAGUUAAUGCACACAGAAGAAAACUAAAUGAUUCUCUUUACAACCUUAUCCGCCAAGGACUCUUUGGUCUUCAACUUCUUCCAGAGAACUCUAGUGCAGGGAUUAUUAUUGUGACGGAUGCCAUGAUGGGAUCACCAGAUGCCAAUAUAUUUGACCAUAUCAUGACACAACUUAGAAACAGCACUGUUGCAUGUUCCUUUCUUAAAAUUGGUGAAACAUACUGUGCCCGGUGUCAGUUUGGUUGUAUACCACAUGUAGAGCUGCUGCAGUUCAUUGCCACGGCUACAUUUGGAGCCUACUUUGCUAUGUGUCCUGAUGUUUCCAAAGACAGCUGUGAUCAGAUGAACAUAUAUCAUAAAGCUCUGUUGCUGUGGAGUUUCCAGAAAGGUCUCGAAGGCUUUAAAUAUGAACUGACUCACCACCGUCAUGUGGAGCCCAUGCAUCCAGUUGCUCUGUCAAAUAGGAUUUUGUCACACCCAAUUAAAGACAAGAAUUCUGUGGUGCUACCCACUGUGAGACAGAAACACAUGGAUGCCAAACUAAGUGCUAACAUUUUAAGUGUUCUGUCAGUGAGACUAAGGGAGGGUUAUACUAUCAAAGAUGUCUACCUCAAUAAAGGUGGAAGUCAGAUUGAGGUGCACUUAAUUCUGCCAUAUAAAGAUUAUGUUAAAAUUGAAUAUACUGCUACAGCUUUCUGGCCAAUGGAAACGGAUAGUCCCCAGGAUUCACAGACCUAUGCAGAGGUUUACAUAGAAGGGCGUUAUGACUUCCUACAUGACUUCACUUGUUCACAACUCAAGGUCAACCAAAGUCAAAGAAUGAUCAACAUUAAACGCUUUUGGAUGACACUUGAAAGGUUGAGACAGGAUGAUCAGCUGCUUGACCACCUGCAGACUUUUGGGUCCAACACUGUUCACUACAAAGUACCUGACAGCAUCAAAAAGGGCAUUCCUCUGUUUUACAUGCCACCUAACUCCAACAACCCUGUCCUCAACUCCCAACAUAACAACAAGGAUUCUGCUCUGCUUUCAUUUGCGAUGUACUGGAAACCGGUGGUGAACUUGGAUAUAAAAAUUUGGCAAAAGUGGAUGCACAGUCACCGUAUAGGGAUGAUUCUAGAACAUGACGUGCCUUUACCCAAAUACCUACAUACCCCUAAUUCUAGUGGGCGAUUCCAUGUGGUGCUGUGUCGCCAGGCGCUCACUUCCUUGCAUGCCCUGCUACGUGACUGGAGUACCUUUGUGUUACUGGAGAAUGAUUCCUAUAUUAAGUUACUGCCAAGCAAUUCGGAAAAACCUCCAACCUCUUUCCUGUUACUGAGGGUGACAUCCAAGCCACCAUAUAUGGUACUGCGGUUGGCAUUUUUAGGGGGUUCCCCUGGCUGGGAGAGAUACUGUACCAUUCAGGAGCUUCGUGACAAAGUGGCUGUUUUGAGAUUCCCUAAGAGAGGUCCAACAAAGGUUGAGAAGGCAAAAGUAUCUCCUACCAAGGACAGUGCACUGAAGAAACUAAAGAAAACACCAUCACCUCUUUUACGGGAUUGGUCAGAAAUUAAUUGCUGUGUUCUGCUGACCAAACCUGUAGAGCAAAUACUCAUCAGCUAUGAUCGCUUACCUCAAGAUAUGAGUAUCAUAGAGGACCCCUCCAAGUUCCUUCCUAGUCAUCUCUCAAACCAACAGCUUGCCAGUAAGACUGCUGUCGCCAACACCUUCAACAUGAUGUCUCGUUACCUCCACCAUCAACGCUGGGUCUGGACUGUCAAACAGGGCAAGGUGGAGGUCAGCAUGCCAGCCAUAGGUCGUAUCCUGUCCACUCUAGCCAAAAUUCGCCUUCAGGAAGGAUUCAAUUUUGUCUCCAGUAAUUCUGGCAUUGUCAACAUGGUGGCUGAAGUUGAAAUGCAGGUAUUGGACACGGAUGUCACUAAAUGUGCCAUACAGUAUAUCAUGUUCCCACCCUACAUCAAAACUACGAGGGAUAGUGUGUCUGAGGAGGAUGUGGAUGAGGUGGAGACUACUGAAGCUGAUGGAGAUGUACAGAUUGUCACAGAAUGUUGGGCGGAGCCUCAGUUUGGUGUUGGUGUCAACAACCCAACAGAGAGAAAGCACUGGGAUGGCAUGACCUACAAAGACAUGGCUAAAGCUCUGUAUCCACCUGACCUUGAAUGUAUAUCUUGCCUGGUGACCUUUGAACACUUGGUUUAUGUGUGUCAGAACACUGUUGCAGUCCCCAACAGUGUGGAUUGGCUACAAAAUGGAAGUUUCUCUAGUAGUGUUGAUUUUGUGCCACUGUAUAUGGAGGAUCCCCCUGGCAGACCUGGAUCCCCACCGACAAUACAUCAACUUCCUCUACCAUUUGAUAUUUUGUCACUGUUGUCACGCAGUCAGCAGGCAGAACUCCUGGUGUCAACCUUUAGAAUUGCAAAUCCCAAAGAAGAUGAGAUCCAGAGAGAUAUCAAAGGCUCUAACAACCUCUUCUUCAACCUCAUGUUUGAAAAACUGAAGGAAACCACUCAAAGGGAGGUGAUCAUGUCUACAAAAGAUAGUUUCAGGUUUUUGCAUUUGCUAAAGGAAAGAAAAAGGGACACUACCACUCACCCCUUUCCUUUCUCAUUUGAGGAUGACCUUGAUCAACUUCUUGAAGAUCAGGUUGAAUAUCCUCAGUGGCGAUGUUUUGUGAGAGCUUCCAGUAACACAAGGAUGUUUUUGACAUUCCUUCCUGCAUCCUUUGAUGACCUCUUGAAGCUGAAUGACCUUGAGGAAAUUGUGAAAUCUAAAUCAAGUUCUAUGUGUGAGGAUGGUUUCAAAGAUGGCAGUUUGGGGAGGAAUGCAAAACUGAAGGCAGACUUUCUAACUCCUGUGACAUCGCUUGGGGAAAAGUUUGUGUCUGAUUCUGACUCAAACACCAUUGUAGACAGACCUGAGGGGUCAGAAGCCCAAAUCUCAGGGACAGACAAGGAUGUUGAGGUGGAUGAACAGACAGAACUGGAGAACUUGGAGAGAGAGGAUACAGUGACGGACCUACCAGGGGAGAUGGAGGAGGAGAGUAACAAAGAAAAUAAAUAUUUGACCUGUGUUGUACCCAUGUAUGUCUAUGAAUGUUACCUCAACAAUGUUACAGACUCACUCAUCAAUCCUUGGACAUUUGAACUGGCUGCAGAUAUCUUUGAGGACUGUACAUUUCAAACAAAAGGUGAAAGUUUAGAUACGCCUGGAGGUAGAGGACAUUUCUUUCGUUUUCCAUCAUUUGACCGUGACUCGACACCUGGUAGUGAUGAUAAGGAUGACUAUGAAACACUUCACCAGAUCCUACGCUGCAGUCAGUCUCAGGAGCGAAGGAUGACUGAGAGCUCAGUAGAUGGCACUGAGGACCUGAAAAUUCACUGCACUUUCCUCUCUGAAGUCUACUCUAGCUGUUUUGUCAAUGGUGUAUUCCAGAGUCUACAGCAUGGUUACUUCAUGGCGCCUGAGGAUAUAGACUCUGUCAUUUACAAUAUGUGUACAGAAUCUUUUCCCUUGGAGACUGACAUCACCACAUUCCUCCUCGCAUCAUGUCGACACUUUCGCCAGAUUGUAGAGUCUGCUCAAGAGGAACGAAACAAAGAGCAGGAUAAAGGGACAGAAACUACAAACAAACGCUCAUCUGUUAGGUUUAUGGAAAAUCUAGAUGAAACUGAUGGAAGUGACUCAGGUAUCAAACCAGUACCUUCCAUCCUACAACUGCCCACUGCCUUAGUAAAACUGCAGACUCAACCUGCUAGUCGAUGUGAGUACCAGGAUGGUCUUCACAGUCUCAUCCGACGCAAGUUCACUGAUAUCACACAGAAAUGGUUCCAGCUUGUGCCCAACUAUCCUAACUACUACUUCUACUGUCCGGAAUCUGUACCACAGGACAGCUCCUUGGAAUCUGGUGAAACAGAUGAGAAAGACAUGGAUGAACAAGUUGAUACUGGACCAACUAUAGAUUUAGUGCGAUCUGUUGAUGAUGGUCUAGGGAUAACAGAGAGAGAAGAUGGGUACCAGCUUGUAUAUAAGAAAAAUGAAGAUGCUGAUCACAGUUCAAUGGCCACCACACUGGACUCGGAUGAGUCGUUUGCCUCUGAGGUUGAUUUGUGCCCUGAACUGGCAGAUGAUGAUGUUAGCAACAACUCUGGUCCCCUCUUUGUGUACUUCACCUGUACAGUAAAGAGUCGUAUGCAGUACAAGGAUGUAUCAGUUCAGACCCUCAUCCCAUGUUUGGAUGAAAUUUUGAUAGCUGAGGAGAAGGAACAGUCAACACGAGACCCUAUGGAGUUACAAUUGGGUGACCUAAAGAUAACAUUCGAUCUACACUGUCUAACACUUCAGUCUGACUCAGACAUGCAAAACAAGCCCGAAUUCCAGAGGAUGUUGUCCAACUCAAGUGAAGCUGAUUCUCCACCCCCUAGCUCAGAGACAGGGGCCUCAGGCUCAGUACAAGUUAAUGUUGGACAACUACAGGAUCCUAUAGCUCAUCUCCCCAAACUACAGCAACAUGCUGUCCACAAGUGUAAGGAGGAGAUUGAAUGGCUGCUAAAGGAUGAGAUUGUCUCAGCUCUACGUCACCUGCAGCCAGUCAAGACAGACGCCCUCCAAUUUGUCACAGAACAUGUCAGGCUGUCUGCAGAAAUGGGCAAACCAAAUUGUGCUACCGAGAAAAUCAAACUGAGUUUUGUGUAUGGAUCAGGACUUAGUUUGCUUAAGUUUAAAGAGGAGUUUGAAAGACUGAGUUACCUUGGUUACCGCUUGAUGAAAGAAGAGGACUACUACUAUGUUGUCAGAGGAAGAACAAUGACAAAUCUGAGUCAUGCUAAAGCUUUGAAUACAGCUUUAGUGGAAUUGAGUCGUGAAGGAACUCCAGCUAAACAAAACAACCAACUUAAGGCAGAUAUUUUCCAGACGAACAACCCAGAUUCACCAGAGGUUCUCACAACAUAUGUAUCACCUCUGUUCCUAACGCCUGAGGAUCCUAGAAGGGCCUCACUUGAAGUGGAGUCACCACUAGGUGGGGGUUCUUCCAACAUGAGUGGCAGUGAUGGAAUAAAAGACCUUGAAACUCAGGAAGGUGGAACCAUUCCUGAAGGAGCUGGCAAAGGUGGUAAAAAACGUCAAUAUCGGUCACGCUUUCCUGACAAGAUGGAACUGCAUUUCAACCGUGACCGUCAUGUUGACUUUCCACGAACUCCUCUAACUCCACCUGUGAAGUCUGAUAAGCGGAGUAUGAGUUUAGGCGAGGAGAUUGGACAGGUUGUUCUUAAAAAAUCCUCUAGUUUUGCAGGCUUCCUUACAGAAGAUUCUGUUGAAUCCUUUAAAAGACAAGACUCUAUGACUGCUUUGUCCAUUUCACCAAUUAAAGGUGUUUCUGGGACCCCUCAGUUACCAUCACUUGGACGCCUGCGGCAUUCCUCGGCUCCGUCUGGGCAGGGCACACCUAUGAGUAAACACUCCACACUACCUCAGACACCAUCCUGGAUUUCUUCAAGAGGCAGUUACACAGAUAUUGGUUAUGAGGGUGAUUCGAGCGACACAGAUGAUGAUAAUGCAGCAUACAGUGACCUUAGUGGGAGACAACAACCAGUUCCAAAGUUCUGGUUACUGAUGCAGGUUGGGGAGGAUGGAGUGGACAUCUACUUUCAUGCAAGAGAAACUGGCAAGGAGGACAAUGAAGAGAAGAUAGAACAACGCAUGCUACUCAGUUACUUUCGGAGCAGCAUCGAAAAUUUGUGUCGACGUGUCAAUCAGAAGAUGCUCCUCAAUGAUCUGUAUGAGAGUCGGACUUGUGACCCACUCCUUGUGCCUGAGGCUGAUGAAGAGGUCUCAUGGAAUCUGGACAAGCAUGUCAAUACAGGCCAUAGACACCUAGACUCAUCUGAUGCCUCCGAGGCAGAUGAGGAGGAGGAUCAACACAAGGUAAAACCUUACCUAGCGGCCACUUACGACCUGCGACAUGAGGCUGGAUACUUCAACUGUGACUGUGUCCUCACACACCAGUUCAUUAUCAAUCCGCGACUCAAAAUGGGUGCUGCAGGCUCCAAGGAAUCCAGAGGCAUGAAGGCACUUCGGAGUGUCCUGAACAAGUUCUCUGUGAUUAACAGGAAAAACAUGUUUGUUGUCAAAAAUCAGCAUGGGUCCCAGGCUGUCUUUUAUCUUAAAUUAAAAGAAGUUGGAGCACUUUUCAGACAGACUUCCACUAUCAGUUCUGAAGAUAUAUCUCUUGCUGAUUCUGCAUCUUCUGCCAUGUUUUCUAGUAGAAGAGACGACCAGGGUAUGCUGGUAGCAGAGAAGGACUGUGACUCUGUCUCACUGACUUCAGUAGGCAGCGCGUCUCAAAGGCCAUGUCAAGACUAUGUUGAAUUACUGGUUCAUGGAAUUGAGGAAGCAGGUCCUGACAUCAAAGUAGAUUUGAUUUCAAUGUUGCAAAAGCGUCUAGAUGAUGCAGUCCUCGAAAUGAUCUCAUUACAACUCAGUCGUAACCCAGUCAGCAAACUUUCUCCGGGAGAUGUUCAUUUUAUCCAGAAGCCAGGUGUGGAUGCAAGUAAGACAUUACACCUGACUUUACCCUCCAGUGUGGGUGUUCAUCUGUCUGCGCUCUUAUACUAUCUCAAACAGAACCUCCUCCAGUUCUGUCACAUGCCCAAUUAUGCUGACAACAGACUGGAGAACCGUUUCCAGAGCUUGGUGGAUAAUAGAUGGCAGGUGGUAGAAGAAGGAAAUAUGUUUAUCUACAUCAGGCCACAUGCCCUUGGAGGCAGAGGUAUUGCCUGCAUUAGCCUUUCCUUAGUGAAUCACAAUGGUUCCCAGGUCCGGGUACUAACCAGUCCAAAACCUUCUCGACUUGGCUGCACCAAAAUCAAUCACCCAGAAGACUUUGAUGCCUACACACAUACAGAGCUGUACACUGCCUUGCCCAGUGACAAGCUAGGUCUGACCACACUGGUUCAGUUCUGUAUUUGGGAGUGUGGAGGAAUGGACCUAGCUACACUUCAGGAGAAGCUCACUUGUGCAGUGAAGCAUGCCCUGUGUGACAUUGUUAUGGAGUUCUAUGUUCUAACUGCCUCCGUGUGUCCUGUACCUGUACAGUUACAGGAUCUUCUACCAAUGCCUGCCUACUCAGCACCUUCCUCACCUAUUACCAAAAAAGAAAUAGUUCUAGAAAGGAGACACUCCAUUGCCAGUCGUAAACUGUCAGAAUCCCUAAAACUGACGGGUAACAUUGGAGUGAAGCAAUCUGAACAUUCACCACUACAGUCACUUAAGGAUGCUUUCUCCACCAAAGCUCGCCUGACAUCACCACCCCCAGACUCACAGAAGACAUUUGAAUUCGGACCAAUGUCUACUGCUUUGGGAACUUCGCCAGUACAGACAGAACGAGACAGUGAGCUUCAGUCUAUUAUAAGACAGUAUGAAGAAGGAGAGCGAGGAAACUUGUCAAAGAUGUUCACCUCUCUUCUUAAGGAUUGGAUGGAAAUUUGUUACAAAACAGGUGUGCCUGCAGUCAGUAAGCUGGAGGUCAGUCUCCUAUCAAAGUACUCUGUGGACAACUUUCUACGUGAAUUCCAGACCGCAGUGACCACUGUAUCCUCUGACAUCAAGUCCAUGGCGUUUCAGCUGGUCAAAGAUUCCAGUGGUCAAUGGUAUGGGAGUCAUCCCUACAGACCUCACAGACAACCUUUACAGGAAGAAGGUCAGAUAGAGACAUCAUUAGACUGUGACAGGCGUAAACUACCAGGAGGAGAGGAUGGCCAAAUCAUGCUGAUUGGUCGUAAUGUUGACCAGUGGAGGGCCAGCAUUCAGGACUUCAAUGAAGAAGAGUUCAGUGUGAUGACAUCUACCUCCUCUACAGCUAUUCCGAAGCAGACAUUUCAACGUUUUUCUCCCUUAUUGCACACCAACCAAGACACGGUAGGACUGAAUGAGCAGACUUUCAUCCCAAGGCAGCGCCUCCUGAUGCUGAGCAUUCACAACAAACAAAUUUCUGUCUAUUCCUACAACUGGGCCCGUGAUUUGUCCACUAUGUUGAGUAAUCGUGUGACACAGAUAGUACAGUGGCACAACACACGCAUCCGACUGCUGGACAGUGUCAUUAGUCAAAAGAUGGGCCUUUACCACCACUCUGUGUUUAGGGAGCUCAGGGGCAAAAAGGAGUAUGGACCUUAUGCCUCUCUCAGCACAGAUAUAGAUCACUUGAUCAAGUUCACAGCUCCUAGUUCAUCCUCCCAUGAACCUGUUCGACGUCACAAUAGUCUGUCAACAUCAAUCAACCAGCCAGUGCGGUCGUUUGAUGAGUCCUUCAAAGACAUCCAGCCUCAAAGGCCUCUUCACCAGACAAGCUUUGCCCACUACACUGAUCCUGUUGCUAUGCAUGGCCUCCAGGCUCAGGACCUGCGCUCUUACAAUAGGAAAGAGAUGGAAAAAUUAUUGAAGCUCAAUAAGUUGUAUUGGAUAUGGUUUGAGAAAACCUCUGUCAACAUGAACAUGCCAAUCUCUGAUGAAGUGAUCCAGCUAUUGAAACAGUCCUGUCGCCUGUACCAUUAUUGUGCCACUCCCUUGCUGUUUCACCCUUUGUGGCGCCAGAAGGUCAUGGAGAAGUACAAGGUCACACAGAGGCCAACAUCUGUGUCCUCCAAUACAACAGAGAAACCAGAACCAAAGGCGCGGUCACGUCACAGCUCUGGUACAUCAGUGACCAGCAUGAGGACGAAGAGAGCAGAUAGCACAGAAGGUAAGAAGAGACCAACCAUCAAUGUCUCCCACCAGGAACAUAUCGGUGAGGAGCCAUGGCAUAUCGACCUCCGUGCCAGCUUUGUGAAUGAGUACAUGCAGUAUGUACAGUCUCUGGGGUUUGUCCUCAUCCAGAUGAGACCAGCAACACCUAAGAGAGCGUCACGCCAUGUAAAGAAGUCCUCAUUUGAACGAGUGUUUGUGGAAGGGGAGAGUAUCCAUGGACCUAUAGGAACUGUCCACUAUCUACAGAAGACUCAGGCAGGGGGUAUAAUGCUGAUGGAACUGAGCUUCCGUGAACAGUAUUUCUGUGUAAAACUAUUUACCUGUGAAUAUACUCGUCUUGGUGUACCUGUCAACCAACAGUUGAAGCUGCUGUUUGUUGAGGAAUGUGAGAAGUGUAAGGAUCUGAUCCAUGUGCAUUCCUUUGCCCACGACUUCCACCUGCGAUGUAUCCACUCUCACAUAAGUCGUCAACAGGUGUUUAAACAGAGCUACCACCUUACUGGCUUCCUGUCUGACUUCAUGCAGGUCUAUCCGUACCCACCAAACUUCUCCAGGAACUUUCUUCAUGAGGACACAAUGACGGUGGGUCCCUUGACUUGUCCUGGAUCACAGCUGUAUGAGUUCAUGCUUCAACAUGUAAAACUGCACCAGAUGAAGGUCAUUGCCAUGGUACCAAAUGUGGAUGCGGACAUUGACAGUGAAUACCACUUUGUCAGAAGCAAUGAAUAUGCAUUAGUCUGCCACAAACUACGAAAAAAUGAAGACCAUAAACGUAAACAGAAAUUGGAUGAUUAUAACGUGGGACUUGUAAUAACCCAUGACUCCCAGCAAGUGAACUUUCAGAAUGAGUCGGAGCGGACUUUACUGAAGUUACACUACUUUGUAGUGAUGACUAGCUGUAGGGAACUUUUCCCCAAGGCCACCAUAGAUAAUAAGGAGGGAACUAAAGGUGUUUUUCUGGAGGAAUUAAGAGAUCGUAGUAAGCCUGUCCCUGUGAAGCAGCAUAUUGGGGUAAGACAGGAAACUGUGAGGACCUCCCGCACCUCCGAUGUCCACAACACACCAGGGUACAACUUGUUGAUGGAGGAGGCACAACUCGCAAGAGAGAAAAUCGAGAGUAUGGUAGAAGUUUCCACAGAAAAGUGCCGUAAAGAUUUAUUAUGGCAGCGCAUGUUGGUAGGGGAACAAUCUGAGGAGGAUGGGAGACGUAAAAAACGUAGUGAAACAGAGGAGAGUCGAGAUGUGUAUCAGAAGUUGUCUUUUGACGAGUUCCUAGAGCUGUUAGCCAAGGUGGUUAAGACACCACUGGGUGAGCUGGACCCAAUGCUUAUGCAGUUGGAGAGUAUGAACUUUAUGUGGUACAAAGGCUUGUUCCGAGUCUUACAGACACACUAUCCUGAAACACAUCGCUGUUUUUUCAGCCAUGAUGGACAAACACAGUACAUCCUUAUCCUUAAUCCUAACUACUUAGACAUGUUUAUGAUGCUGAUGCUGGACAACACUGAGAAAAGGACAGACCUAUGUGCAAUAUUCCGAGAGUCCAUCACAGACCAGGAGCAUAGUCCUGAAAAUCCUAACCUCAGUGUACUGGGCAUGCACUCACAUGUUGAAGACUUUGUCAACGUUUGUUGCUACCACCUCUGGGCGUCCAUGGUGUGACAUGACAGUAUUACAAAGUGACAUCACAGGACAUCAAAAACAGAUAAACAAAUCAACGUCAUACAUUUAAAAUAGACAGUUUAGAUUAAUUAUACAUGACAUAGACACAUGCUUGAUGCUUUGAACAGCUAUAACGCCAUACAUGUAGCACCAUAAAGAUACACUCAGAAUUCAUGUCGUUAAAUCUCUCUCUAGUCAUUUAUUGGAAGGCAUUUGGGACAACCAGAUUUGUGCAAUCAAAAGAUUUCUGAAUUAAACUUUCGAGUUUUUGAGGCACUGAAGAAAUGUUGCCUAUCACCUUUUACAGUUAGACCUUGGUUUAAGAGACAUCUUGUACCAAGCUUGAUGUAAAGGCCAUGACAUUGUGUAAUUUUUGUGAAUUUGUCUUUUUAUUUCAUUUUAAUGUAAAAAUAGAAACUAUAGAAUCUAUGGUAUGUUCACUAAUAUGACUUGAGUAAAGUUGAAUAAAUUUGUGUCUUCAACAUUGUACUUGGGAUCUCCAUGUGCAUAGGAAACAGUCAUUCAACAUGGGUAUGAUAUUGUUAUCAUUUUGUGAGACUUCCUACAGGUGACAAUAGUAUCCAUUCUAUUUAUGGUGGUUCUGGUUGAAGGUCAUUAAAGUAAAAAGCUGUUUAAAAUUGUAUGAGAUUCUUUAAAAUUGAUCAUGAUAUGGGACAGUUUUGAUUAUUACUUGAACCAUGAUGUAAUUCUUGGCAAAUCAGUUGCAUUAUAUAUAUAUUCAAUACCUUGUUAGUUCAUUUGAUCAUGUUUAACAAAAACAGUUUCUUUUGAUCUUGUGUAAUCCAUCUUGAGUUUGUUGACAUUGUACCAUUCUUGAGAUUAAAUUGUGAAUGCAAUAUUAAACAAUAAAUCAAGGUUUCUCAACAUCCAAGAAUCCUUUAUUUACUGUUUUAUGUUUCCAUAUUCUAAGGAUCUCUACUGAAUACCCUGUGAUAUCCAUCCAGGAACCUAACCGCAAUCCGAGACUUUAAGAGUGUUGGUUCUCCAAUAUUGUUUUCUGUUGGAAUGCAAUAUUAUUAAAAUCAACCUAUCCCUUUUAAUUCAAUGUUUUUAAUAGUUUAUAUGAUGUGUAACAUUAAACAUGGUGAUGAUUUGGGAUAGAUACCACAAGUUUACAUAAAUAGCAAUAAUGUUACCAUAGACCUUACCUCUAAGUCAUAAAAAUAUUGUUUGUUAAAGAUUUCAAAUUAUCAGAAAUUGAAUGAUGCAUUAAACUAAUUUAAAGGAAAGUUAUUAUUAAUAACUAAAAACUUAACAUGUAGAAUGUGAAAAAAAACACAUUGAAAGUUUUUAGGUUUUGUUGAAAAUAAUUUGAGAUUCACUUGUCUUAAAUUACCCGAUAUAUUGAAAUGAAAGAUUUGAAAAUCAAAUUUUUUUUUUUAGUUUUGACUUAAUGUUGACUUAAUAAUGCACAAGAAAAUGAAUUGUAAGUCAAGUGUCUAAGUGUUCGAGAUGAAGUGGUCAUGUUUUGACAUUCCUUUACAGAAAACAUGAGCUCUUGACCAUUAUAAAUAAUUCUGAAACAUGAACAGCUAAUAUGCCUGAUAAGUCGCAUAUAACAGCAUGUUUUAAUUAGGAUGCAAUUAUAGGUACCAUAUUUUCAAGAUUAUAAGCUGCAACUUUUUUUCCUGUGUGUUUGGCGUGCAGCUUAUGUGUGGAAAUAAAAAUAUUUGGGAGAUUGGAAAAAAAAUGAGAGAAUGAAAAAAAAAUAUAGAGGCCUUAAUAGAGGUAUAUGUUUGUGGGUGUGCAUGUUUGGAUGUUACUAUGAGGUUGAAUGUGUAUAUGAAUAUUUGUGCAGGUGUAUGAGUAUGUUGGAUGAGGUCAAGUGCGAGUGCAAUUCAUAAUUCAAUGUCUUUCAUUUGAAAGUUAUCAUGAACUACCUUAAUGUAUAAAAAUUCUGUACUUUGUCAGCAACAAUGUAUGUUGUUACUGUCAAUAUGAUUCUCCCUAACACCAUUAGGUGUACUUUUGUUGGAACAUUAAACCCAAAUAAAAAUGUUUUUGCUGAGAA